AUGGCACAAAAAUUCCGUGCUUUACUUGAUCUUUGUCGACGUAGAGGUUUCUUAUAUCAAUCUGCUGAAAUUUAUGGUGGACUUAGAGGAGCAUACGACUAUGGACCAUUAGGCGUCGAAUUAAAAAAGAAUAUACUAAACUCUUGGUGGCGUCGGCAUGUCUAUUACCGAGACGAUGUCGUUGGCUUAGAUACUAGCAUCAUCACACCACAUCCAGUCUUGAAAGCUUCUGGCCAUGUCGAUGAAUUCACCGACCUUCUCGUCGACUGCAAUUUAACAAAAGAACGUUUUCGACCGGAUAAAGCACCAGAGAUAAAACUGGACAAACAUGGCAACAUACCUAUCAUUGCUCCAGAUAAGACCACUGCACUUGAAUGGAAAGAAAUACUGGAAAAACAAAUUAUACCCAACGUCAAAAUGAGCGUUGAAGGGAACCGGAUCCUUAUUUACGCAAAAGAGGUCAACCUUCCAGAUGCCGAUGGACAGAACGGUAGCAUCACCUUUGAAAUGUGGAACGAACAACCCUCUGUUCAACUAGCAUACCACGGUUAUGUUGAACCUAAUACCAAUUCGCCCUUCUUGACAGAUAGCCGACCUUUUAAUCUCAUGUUCAAAACGUUUCUCGAUCCUAUUGAUCCUAUUGAGCGUGUCAUUCAAACUACCUUGGACAAUGCAGAACAAAGCAAAGCUACCAUACGGCAAACAGUAGAUGAUCAGCUUAAACCAAGCACAGUUUUUCUACGUCCCGAAACAGCUCAAGGCGUCUUUGUCAACUUUGAACAGAUUGUGCGUACAAUGAAAAAAACACCGCCUUUUGGCAUUGCUCAAGUAGGCAAAUCAUUCAGAAAUGAAAUUCGAUUAGAACACGGUAUUUUUAGAACGCCAGAAUUUGAACAAAUGGAAUUAGAGUAUUUUGUUUCUCCUUGGGAAGCGACACAUUAUUUUGAAUAUUGGAGAAAGGAACGGUAUAAUUGGUGGUUAGAGCAUGCUUGUCAUCCAGAGAAUUUCAGACAGAGGGACCAUACAAGUAAAGAAAUGGCUCAUUAUGCUACAGGCUGUACAGAUGUAGAAUAUCUCUUCCCUUGGGGUUGGGGCGAAAUUGAAGGUGUCGCUCACAGGGGAGGUUACGAUCUGGCGCAACAUAUAAAAAAUACCGGCGCCAACUUUGAAAUAACAGAUGCCAAUCCCUCCCUGUCUGAAAGAGUUCAAAAAGCCGGUAAUGGAAACGUAGAUUUGAUACCUACCGAAAAGCCAGCAAAGUAUAUUCCAAACGUCAUUGAGAGUUCAUGUGGAUUGAACCGUGCCAUGUUGGCUUACCUAUGCGAUGCAUUCCAUGAAGUAGACGAAGGAAAUGGCAAACCUCCACGUACGGUUCUCAGGCUAGAUCCUCGUUUAGCUCCUAUCAAAUGUGCCGUGAUGCCGUUAGUCGGUAAACCAGAGUUGAAUUCGUUGAGCGAGAAGGUGGCUAAAACACUGAGACGCAAAGGAUGGUACACAGUGGUAGAAUCACAAAAGUUGAAAAUCGGUAAAAGAUACUAUAGACACGAUGAAAUAGGUACACCUUGGUGUGUUACUGUUGAUUACCAGAGUUUAGAGGAUGAUACAGUGACAAUAAGAGACAGAGACACUGGUAAUCAAGAAAGAGUUCAUUGGAAGGAAGUCAACCAUGUUAUAGAUGGAAAGUUGAUGAAAGGUGAAGCUGAUAAUUUAUUAGUGUAG